AUGCAAGUUGGGGGCCUUUCUGGAGGCAGCAGCAGCAACAACAACAAAAUGGAACUCUUAUUCCCCUUCAGCAAGUGUUUCUGCCUCAGCUUCUUCAUGAUCGUUCCACUGCAAGAAUCAGGGAGCCUGGAUGCAGACAGCCCUGAAUGUCACCAAAAAGAUGGCCCCGCUUGCCCGGCAUCUCUAGUGGCCAUGCCUCUUCCUUCACCAGAAAACGGCUGCGAUGGGUUGGGCAGCUGCAAACUCCGCGUUCUCGUGCCUGAAGGGCCGGUGAUGCUGGAAGAGGUGCAAGACAGUCCGCCCAGGGAGCAGCAGAUGGAGUUCAAGCAAACCCUCAAGCACCCAGGAGACCUCAGCAAGCAAAGCUCUUCUGGAAUGAGGGCCCUGAUAGACCGGCUCGGCUUGGCGGAAACCAAAAUCGCUUCCUUGGCAUCUAGCCUGCAGAAAUUGCAGGAGGAGAGCAGGCUUCACGGGAGCCGCCUGGAGGAGCACAUCCAUGCCUUGGUGGCCCUGCUGCUGGGGAUCUUGUCUGGCUGCAAGCUGCCUUGCAGUGAGUCGGUCCUGCAGACAUCCAUUCUCGAUUUAGGGAAAGAGCACAAGAUUGAGAAGAUGCCAGAACCUUCAGUGGAACCCUCUAAAAAUUCGGUGCACGUGUAUCCUCGGGACUGCGCUGAGAUCCACAAACAGGGCAUCCAAGAUAAUGGGAUUUACACGAUCCAGCCCAUUCCUCUCCGGCCACCCUUCGAGGCAUAUUGUGACAUGGUGGCAGAUGGUGGUGGAUGGACCAUGAUCCAACGCCGGCAGGAUGGUACUGUGGACUUCAACCGAACCUGGCAGGAAUACAGGCAGGGAUUUGGAAGUCUGCAAGGUGAGCACUGGCUGGGCAAUGAGUACCUCCACCUCUUAACUCGCGUUGGUCAGCAUGUCCUGCGUAUCGAGCUGGAGGACUGGCAUGGUGUCAAGCGACAUGCCAUCUACCGCAAAUUCAAAGUGGCCAGUGAGGCCCAUCUGUAUCGCCUGACUGCCCGCGAGUAUCAAGGCAGUGCAGGCAAUGCCCUAAGCUACAGCCGCAACUACAACCACGAUCACAAAUGCUUCACAACCUGGGACAGUGACAAUGACAACUACCCCCUGGGCAACUGUGGUGCAUACUAUGGGGCAGGCUGGUGGUUUGACUCUUGCCUGGCAGCCAACCUGAAUGGGAAGUACCACCAUGGACGCUACAGUGGUGUGACCAAUGGCAUCUACUGGGGGACAUGGUACAUUCUGAUUGAUAAGAGGACCAACCAGAAGUACUCCUUCAAGAAAGUGGAGAUGAAAACCAGGCCUGUCCACUUUUAAGAGGGAUGUGAUGGGUGUGAACUUGUGACACAGAAGGAGCCUGAGCAAGGAAAGUGAGAUUGACUUGGCGAAACCAAGAAGAAUGUGUGUAGGUUGGUAGAAAAGUAAGACCAUCCCCUGCCUGGUACAGUUACCAAGCUACAUGCAACUUUUUGUAACAAGCACCAAGCCUUGAUCCUGCAUCCAGCAACCUGAAUGCCUCUUGCUGCCCUUCUUUUCCUCUCUCAUAUCCAGGACACAGGAAAGUUAUAGGAAAAUUUCUCCCCUCCUCCUGGUGGAAUUCAUUUCUGGCUCCGCAUGCAUUCCUGCAGUUGUUUGCAAAUGGCUGCAAUCUUAUUUUAGCUGCUUUGAAACUUAGACUACUGUUAUAUCUGCUUCCCUGUAUCACGCUUUGCUCCCCUAGGCAGUGGCACCACAAGUGAGGAGGUCCUGCAUGGACAUGGAGAGGGAUUCCAAGCAGAGGAAGAUGCUCCAGUCAUGCAUUACUAACCCUUAUUCUUCCUAACUGCACCUUCAAUUG